AUGGAAGCAACAGAACUAUUAUUGAAUCUCUUAAAAGAGAAGUGGAGUCUCCUUAUUGACAACAAAACAAAUAAAAAGCAAAUUUGGAAUGAUAUUGCUACCGGUCUUUCUGAACAAGGAUAUCUUGUACGUGGUGAAGAUAAAGGGGGAAACAACCAUUCAUAUAGGCCACCCUACAUUAGUGACUCUUUCAACCAAAACCAACAAAAUCCAACCAAAUUCAACGACAUCAUGAAAGAAGUUUCCAGUCAGAAGAAAAUAGGUAAUUAAAAUAUUGUCACACGAGUUGUAUUGGAACAAGAACAAACGAAUACAACAAGUGAUGACUUAAAUUCUAGACAAUUAUUCACUUUUAACUAAUAACAAUAAGGGAUGACCAUACCAAACUCGGAGAG